UUGACUCACAACAUCUGCAUGUCAGCAUCUCUAUCUCUACUAAUACAGCUGUCAAAACCCAAGCUCGACGCUUCAGAUCAUCUUUCAGUAUUUCCCUCUCAAUGACAACGUCAACUCCCUCCAACGUGCCUACAGGCGCUUCAGAACUAGAAUCGAAUCAGCCUACGCCAGCCCAAACCCAACCCCUGACCGGAGCAACCCCCUGGCCACGUCCGCCAUGGUACAGCUUCCAACCGGCCACUCCAAAUGAGGGCACUUCAGUUAGCCUUCCAGCACUUCCUGCAACUCCCACUUCUCCCGAGACGCCUUUGUUCCUUACACCGCUGUACCCCAAUGACGCCUCUUCAAUGCAACAGAUAAUGAGCAACCCCCGCGUUGCUGCGGCCCUCCUCAAUGUCCCCAUGCCUUACGGUAUCGCCGAGGCAAACUCCUGGAUUUCUCUUAAUGGCGGCGACUCUUCUUCGUCCGGCCUUCUUACGUGGGCGAUACGCAUCCAUUACCCUAGCGAUGCCGGCCUCUUCAUUGGCAGCGUUUCCCUCACCAGAAAAACUGGCGCUGACGGGGGAAUGAUGUACGAGCUGGGUUACUCGCUCAGUCCGGAGUUCUGGGGCAGGGGUAUUAUGAAAAAUGUUGUUUUUGCGUUGAUGAUAUGGGCGACCGAGGAAGCAGGGGUGGAGGAAGUAUUUGUGCGUGUUGAAUCGACCAAUGGAAGGAGUAAGGGUGUUAUAGAUGGCAUCCCCGGGUUCGUUGGAGAGGAAGACCAAGAGAUUGAUUGGAAGGGUGGGAGAAAGGUGGUAAGAAUGUGGAGAUGGAAAGCUAGAAAGUCAACAGAUUGAAUGGAUAAUAAAGAUAGAAUGGUGGUUGGAGGCGACAAGACGGAAUGACAUGAAAGUGAAGAAUUGGGCAGAGUGAUAAACAAUUCAAGAUAAAAGGCGUGACUAACUACUAUAUUACUUUCAUUCUCGGU